AGUGUCGUGGAAUUGAAGGACGGCUCUAUCUAGUUUGUCUCUCCCUUGGUGUCAUCUUUGCUGACUUUCUAGCUCAAGGGUAUUUACAACAAUGCCAACAUCCGGGCAUACGCUACCGACAAAUAUGACCCCACGACACACUUCUUCCCCUCGACCCUGUGUGCAGUGUGGUACUGGCCCUUUGAGCAGGCAGAAACUCCAACUGGGCCCUGUCAACUCAAUUAGUAAUACGAGUCGUCUUGUGGUCCACUCGGAUACGGUCCAUUGACCAUUGAUGUUUCUCCUUUCACAGGUUGACCUACACUCUACUGUGCUGGCUUCCUUAGCCAGGCUUACAAGAUCUUUCCCCAAAACAGAGCUGUUCAUUUUACUGUCGAGCUCUCUGACUCCUUUUAUUAAUUGUCAACCACAUUUCAUUAGGGGUUUCGAUUAUCUUUGCAAUUUUCCUGCUGUUCACUUACGGGUCACAGCUGCGCUUUUACGCAUGCACAUCCAUCGACUAUUCCCUAGAAGAAUAGAGCUUUACUCUCAGCCUGAUCUGUUGAACCAGCUGUGUACAAAGUGGGCUUCGUCUCUUGAGGUCCACUUUGCCAAGAAAUAACAAUCGGAGACUUGGAUCACGAGAGCCUCGUCAGGAGACCAUUGUGAAUCUAGGGGACCCGGUGGGAUUCCGCAAAACUGCUAUUGCCCAAUGCAGCAGCGCUUGUCCAAUGCUCUGACUUGCUCUAGUCGAGAUUGGCGGAUAUGCGAGGCUGUAGUCGUAGGUGAUAGACACAGGCACGCAGGGCAGCUGCAGAUAAGACUUGAUUCGAAUAGGGGA